AAGGUUUUUUUUUUACUUCUUUUUUUGGUAGUUUUGUUACUUUUUUAUUGUUUCUUGCAGGUCUGAAGAAAACUAGAUGAUGUUCACGGGGAUUUAUACGGGAGUUUGUUUGUUUGUAUUAAAUCAUACAUUCGAACCACAAAGAAAAGUUGGAUGGAGUUGUUCAAAAAAAAAAGUUGGAUGGCGGGAAAAGAAAAAGAAAGUCUUGGGCCAAAUCCAAAAAAAAAAUAGUUUGGGGCUGCAUCUGGUCUAUGUCUCAACGUCUGGAACCCAAGAACUUUACACAACAAAGUUAACAGUCUACAUAUGCUUUCAGGAGAGUACGAUUCUAGAAGCGUUUAAGGCAUUCACAAUCGGGGAAAGAAACAUCAUGGACAUUUCACAUUUGUAACAUAUAAGAAUGCUCAGUGUGCUUUGUGCAACGUUUUAAACACCAAACUUUACAUCCAACUUUUGAGGUUUAGAAACGUAACCGUUGUACCUAGAACGUUCAAAGUUCAAACCAUACAACAUAAACCCUGGUGUAGUCUAAAACUGUGAGUGGUUGAAACUUAAACCCUCCCCGCGCCGGAAAACAUGACACGUAUAUAAAACUAAGUGAUAGGUAUUCUUUCUUUUUUGAUCAAUGUAGUUGAUAUAGCUAGGUAUUCAUUGGUUAAACGUUGUUGAUAAAAUGUCACUAAAUAUAAUGAAAAGCAUAGCAGAUUAAUAUAAGAAAUUGAAAAUCCACUACACUAUCAGAAAAAGACGAAUUUAAACAGAAGUGACAUCUAGUACGUGGCAAUGCUAUAGCCUAUAGUGGCAUCUUCAAACCAUUUAGAUCCAUAUUUGAUGCUGACAUAUGCAGCAUAGUCUGGCGGGAACAUUCAACUAAUUAGACAUGGCCACGUUGAAAACAUCGUUUUGUAGUUGAGACGUAUAUUAUCAUGUCUUUCGUGGUGGGGUUCAAACUUGCCGACACUCGAACCAUUUAGUUUCCGUCCGGAUUCGGUUUCCUAAUUUAUAAUAAUUAAACCUGGUUUACUAAUUUUUGUUUGAUUUCCUUCAAGCAUUUCGAAUUAAUUCGUUUGGUUUUUCUGGUUUAUUUCCAACUUUGAUUCCUAAUAAAACCUCAUAGUAUCAUGAUAAACAAUGUAAAGAAAGAUAAGUUAUAAAUUUAUUAUUGUCUUUUUCUUACAACUCAUGAUAAACAAGCACGUCUCCGAAGCCUAGUUAAAUGCAGUCGUUAUCUACUGGACCAACGUUGUUUUCAUGAAGAGGUCCUUUGUCAUGUUUUAGAAUUAAUAACCUUCUUGAAAAUUCGACAUUUAACUAUUUUUCUUUGUCUUGUAGUGUUAUUUUCUCCUCUAAUCUAAUUAAGAAAAAAAGAAGCUAAAACCUUUGACAUUACCGAAGAGUAUCUAAGCCCAAAUAGAUCAAACUACUUUGAUACAGAUCAGACCAUGAUUAUCUUCUUUUUUGCCUAGUUCCUAAAACCCUAGAUGAUGUUAACUCUCUACGGUCAAGAAAGCUCGCCGGACCGCACCAGCCGGGAUGUGACGCCGGAGGCUGUCGUGAGAGACAUCCACGCGCUUGCUCCAGCGUCUACUACAGUGUUGCCACCACCUCCUGCCUUGCGAGGCUAUUUUUCUCCAACUAGGUCAACGACGACUUCCAUAAGCGAAGGCGCUUCUUCUGGUGAAAACUUCACAACCAUAAGCAGAGAGUUCAACGCUCUAGUCAUCGCCGGCUCAUCCAUGGGAAACAACAACGAACCAACGGCUCGUGACGUCACGCAAGGUGAGGAGUUGAUGAGGAGUAUCCAUGAGGAGAGGGAAGAAGAGGAGAUGAACCCAUUGGCAAUAGUACCGGAGCAGUAUCCGGAUUCGAGUUUGGAUCAGGGAAGUGGAAAUGAGUCGGGUCAGGUUCAGGGUCGAGGUGGGAUGACGUCAGUACAAAGGGUGAAGAGGGAAGAGGUGGAAGCUAAGAUAACGGCAUGGCAGACGGCUAAACUGGCUAAGAUUAAUAACAGGUUUAAGAGAGAAGACGCCGUUAUUAAUGGUCGGGUUAACGAGCAAGUCCAUAAGGCCAAUUCUUGGAUGAAGAAAAUCGAGAGGAAGCUAGAGGAGAGAAAGGCGAAGGCGAUGGAGAAAACACAGAACCAAGUGGCGAGAGCGCAGAGAAAAGCGGAGGAGAGGAGAGCAACAGCGGAAGCGAAGAGAGGAACGGAGGUUGCAAAAGUUGUAGAAGUUGCUAAUCUCAUGAGAGCCGUUGGUCGGUCUCCUUCCAAACGUUCUUGCUUCUCCUUCUCCUAGUUCUUUUCUUGAUCAAUCAUAAACUUAUAUUUUUUUUUUGUUGCUAAAAACAGGAUUUUACUUCCAAUUAUUAUGUACACAUAGAUAAAAGAUACGUAGAAAUACUGAUUUGUGAGUAUCUACC